AUGGAGAGAGGCUGUUCUUUAUCUCAGUCUAAAAAAAUUGACGAAAUACUAGAAAGGCUUCUGAUAGAAUGUGGUGGAUUAGGAAAACUUCAAUGGAUCCUGAUCUUUGUUGUGGUUGGAAGUAAGCUGGCAAUAACAUGGAGCAUGUUAAUGAUGUCGUUUGCUGGGGCCACGCCUGAUUGGUGGUGCGCAUGGACAAACAGAACCUCCGGUUUCAAUGACAGUUACGUAGAUUCCCUGAAAUCCUGCACAACGCCAUCUAACUCCUCACUGGAGGACACGUGUCUGUCGAUACGCUUCAGUGACGAAAAGUCGACGGUCGUAAGCGAGUGGAAUCUCAUAUGCGACGACGAAUGGAUAUCAUCUACUAUAACCACGAUACAGAUGGGUGGGCUCCUGGCCAGUGGUUUUAUCGCGGGUCAGGUGGCGGAUCUGAUUGGACGUAAACCCACCUUCUUCCUGGCCCUCGUCCUACUGGCAGCCAGUAACUUGGUGUGUGGAUUCUCCACCUCGUGGCAGAUGUUCGCUGUGGCUCGAUUUGUGAUUGGUCUAGCUUGCGGGAUGUACCUGACUGUAUUCUUUAACUUUGUCCUAGAGUUCAUCCCUACACGGUACAGGGCUAUGGUUAUGGCGAUCCCCGCUUGGCCGGUGUUUGCCGCGUUCUUUGGGUUGGUUUGUUGGUGGUUAAGAGAUUGGCAGUAUCUCCACUAUGCCACGGCUAUCAUCACCUUACCAUUCCUACUAGGAAUUUUUGUGGUACCAGAAAGUUUCCGGUGGCUGGUCUCCCACUUCAAAACAGAAAAAGCCGAAAAAGUGAUAAGUCAUAUUGCUAAAAUAAAUGGUAAAAAGAAACCGGAUGUGACGAAACUCAUUGCAGUGAGUAAGAAAGAGGCAGAAUUGAAAACAGACAAGAAAUACUCUAUCAUAGAUAUCUUCAGGGAUUCGAGGCUGACGAAGCAUUCAUUAUUAUUAUGGUUUAUUUGGUUAGCGAGCGGUUACUCCUACUAUGCGAUAUCCUUCGGGGUAGAAGAACUUUCGGGAGACCUCUAUCUUAACAUGUUUCUGUUGAGUGCCGUGGAGAUUCCCGCUCAAGCGGUCACGUGGUUCUUCAAUAACUGUAUUGGAAGGAGAUGGACCUGCUUUAUGUUUUACAUGGUCGCCGCAGCUGGUGGGUUGGCAGUUGGAAUUGUGCAAGUUCUCAAUCCUAUCAAUAGCGCCACAAUUAUAAAUGGCUGCGCCAUGGUGGCUAAACUUGGCGUUGCGGCUGCCUGGGCCUCCCUGAUGACGUUUACAACAGAGACAUAUCCCACCGUCGUCAGGAAUAUAGGAUAUGGGUGUGCCAAUUCAAUUUCUCGUGUUGGGGCAAUGGCAGCUCCGCAAAUUGUUCAACUGAGUAAAUCUGUUUCCGGUUUGAUGUACUUUCUGUGCGGUACACUAAUGUUUUUGUCAGCCAUAUCCGCGGCGCUAGUUCCGGACACAAAAGGGAAAGUAAUGGAAAACCAGAUCCGGAAGUCAGGGCGAUCUGAAAUUUAUCAAAUGUCGGGUGAAAUGAAAGACAAAGAGAAAGAACGUUUAAGUUGAUAUUUACAUCUGAAUCCAGUAGUGUUACUGACUGGUUUACACGACUCAUUUCCUAGAAGAUUUUUUUGUUUAUGAAUGAAAUAAAUUUAAAUACAUGUAUACCCUGUAUUACAAGACAGAAAAUAAGUAUCAGCUUUUCUGAAGCACUUAUACAGAGAAGUAUGUUCCCAUUUCUGUAAUCCUUUUUAUUUUGAUCAAAUUCUGCAGGGAUUACUUUUUAUGAGUGAAACUAUUAAAUUGUAUAUACUAUAUACGU